AGACGCUCCCGGGUCCACCCGCCAGCCGGAGCUCCCUCCACGCUCAGUAGUGGCCGGCACGUGCCAGUGUCAGCAGUAGCAGUGUGGUCAGGACAGACUGUCUCGGUGUCAGAAUGCGGUUCAUGAUUGUCCUGUUUGUGGCGGCGGCCUGCUGCGGUCUGUCGUCCGCCUCCCCGGCCCGACAGCGCCGCUCUCUGCUGCCGGAGGGGUUGCCGCUGCCCGACGGCGUGCCACUGGAGCUGCUGUUUGAAGCCUGUGGGAGUGAUAUCGGCCCCUGCGUGGAGCAGCUGCUGCAGGGUGCCAUCGAACUGGCCAGGCCAUCAUUCGCCACCGGCCUCGAGGUUGGUAACAAGACGAUCAUUCUGGAGCCACUAGCGCUUAAAGACAUCAAGCCUAAGAGGAAGAGGCCCGGCAAGGUGCAGGUCUCGGGAAGGAACGUCCAGGUGGCGGGCAUCAGCUCGCUGGCCGUGGAGGACGUCACGCUGCUGCCUGACAAGCUGGCGCUGACUCUCAACUUCACGGAGCUGCAGGCGUCGGGAGACCUGUCGGUGCGCUACCGGUUCAUCUCGGCUAGCCCGCAGGUGGUUCUGACGCUGGUCAGGCCCAGCUUCCACGUCAUGGCCGAUUGGGACCUUGUGCAGCUUGACGACAAGCUCGCCGUCAGCCUGAGCAACGUCAACGUCAGCAUAGAGAUUGAAUCGUUCUCCAGCGAGAUCAGCGGUCUGUCAGGCCUAGGGCUCUUCCUGCAGAAGAUCCUCAACACCAACAACCAGAUCCUGCUCGACCUGUUCGAGCCCAAGCUGGAAGAGAAGGCUAAGAGGUUGCUGGAGAAGGAGUUCCAGACCAUCAAGCUGGGGCGCAUUUGAAUGCCGAUCACUGUUGACUGCCUCGCUGACAUGCGAGAGGUUUCGUCUCGGCAAUGGAAAUCCCGUGGGAAACUGUGCCAUGUGUGGUAAUUUGGGUUGUGUGUCGACUCUAAUGUUGACUGCUUUCGCCUGGUAAGCUGAAGGAAUGCGGAUGUUCAUUUGUGCUGAACAUCAGCUUUAGAUGAGACCAAACGCUGAUGCUGUACAUACUCGUUACAGAUGUGUCAAUAAUUUCGCUGUGAUGCGUACCAAAUGCUGGGAAUGUGCUCACUGUUGUACCUGAAUGUUGUUGUUCUCACCUCAGGUUGUAUUCAUCAUAAAUAUUGUGUAGAAAACUGCAUAAAAUGCACCUUGACA